UAUGACAAAGGCAUAUGAGUCAAAAGAUUUAGAGUCAGCUUACAAAAUAGAUAAACUAUUAAAUUUGGAGAAAAAUUAUAAAUUCCUUAAUGAUGGCCUUAGUGAAAUGAUAUACUAUUCCAAUUUCUUGAAACUCAUCUGUCUAUUUGAACAAAUUGACGACGUUAUGAAAGAAUACGAAAGAGUAACUCCACACGCUUAUACUCCAACCUUUUCCGUUAUGGAAGAAAUUUUGAAAGCUAUUGAAUUGAACGAAGGUUAUCACUACGUUCCAAAGAUAUGGGGUGAUUUGAUAUUGUUUAACUACAGCAAGAGAAGUGAUUUAAUUGAAAGCCUAUUAAAUAUUGCUGCCAAGGAGAAACACGAAGAUGGAUUACAAAGUUUGUUAGUUGAAAUGGCAGAGAGUAUUGUAACUAAAGCAGAAGAAGAUGAAGCAAAUAUGAGAAUUUCUAGGCCAAUGAUAUUGACGGGGGGUAUGAUAGGACAUAUUAUGAAAAUAUAUACAAAUGCUAAUCAAUACGAAAAUGCCUCUAAAAUGCUUGAGAUGUAUAUUGCAAAGGCAAACAAGAUAUCUGGUUUUGUAUCCGAGGAAGCACUGCUAGAGAUUGGAGGGUGGUAUGUAUCUUCCAAGGAAAUUGAAAAGUGUUUUGAUGUUAUAAAGAUAAUGUCGGAUUUUGGAUAUCAAAAAGUAGAAAAAUUACGAGCUCAAAUUCAGGAAAAGUUGGAUUUAACUGAAGAUCAGAAGAAAAUUUUGGACGAUAUCGUCUAA